AUGGCUCAAUCACAAGCACAAAGCUCGGCCAGCAAUGGUGCAUCUUCAAAUGGAGAGCGGCCAGAUCCGGGCGGGUUCAAGCUCAAGUUUUGUACUGUCUGCGCGAGCAACCAAAACAGAUCUAUGGAAUCGCAUCUCCGAUUGGCCGCAGCUCACUAUCCUGUCAUCUCAUUCGGUACGGGCUCUCUCGUCCGCCUUCCAGGGCCUUCGAUUGACAAGCCAAAUGUCUACCAAUUCAACAAAACAUCCUAUGAUAGCAUGUACAAAGAACUGGAAGCCAAAGAUCCACGGCUCUACCGUGCCAAUGGUCUUUUGAACAUGCUGGAGCGAAACAGAAAUGUCAAAUGGGGUCCAGAGAGGUGGCAGGACUGGCAUGUUGGAGUACCACGAUUGGAACACAACAAAGAUAGAGGUAGUGAAGGUGUAGAAGGAGGAGUGGUCGACGUGGUCAUCACUUGUGAGGAAAGAUGCUGGGACGCAGUUAUUGACGAUCUUAUGAGUCGAGGAUCUCCCUUGAACCGACCUGUGCACGUCAUCAAUGUUGACAUCAAAGAUAAUCAUGAAGAAGCGCUGGUUGGCGGUAGAGGCAUCCUGGACCUGGCAGAUUCGUUAAACAAGGCCGCCAUAGAGGAGAGAGAGCGCAACCCGGCUGGUUUUGACAGCGGGAACGCAGCAAGUAGAAGCGGCUUUGAUGAGCGGGUGCCAGAGAUUAUUGGAGAGUGGCAAGAGAGAUGGCCGAAUCUCCCUGCGGUAUGGACUUUGGCUUGGUUUUGA